GGCCGGGGAAAGUUCUCCGACGUGGUGAUCGACCUACAGCUUGGCAGCUUACCUAAGCAUCUUUACUCGAAAGGGCUGUCUUCAUCCGUGGAAAAUACAGAGAGCAGUCAAGCAAGAUUUGCGGUGAAACCCCAAUCGGGAGUAUUCAAACGCCUUUCCUUAUAUUGUAUCUCAUCGACAUCGUGGUCUUUCAAUAUGCAUGACUGAUUCAAUCGAGUGUACCUUUUUUUUGAUCUACCCAGGUAGCUGUGUGGAGGUAGCUUCGACCUAUAAAUAUCUACCCAAGCACCACACUUUUCCCUGGUUGGUCUGCUGUCUGUCUGUCAUUGUGGCCAAUGGAAUAUCUUGGAAGUGGGAACUAUGGGAUUGGCUAUCUAUCUAUCUCUAGGUUACCAUUUAUCACACAUUGUCAUUGUCACUGAUUGUGUCCUAGUAUAGAACGUUGACGUCGAGAUCAACUAUAGUACAAGAAUAUCCAUUAUCCCUCACGACGCACUUAUCAAUCCUUUGAUAUGGGACAUACCAGAUUCAUCAAUUGCUGGAAAUGUUCCCACGGCAAACUAGAUAACUCUCCUCUCACUAUCAGUGAAGAUGGUAUGAUAAUUGAUAACGAAUUUGGUGACGCUCAUGCGGAAGUGGUGGACCUCAAAAACAGUAUUAUCGCUCCUGGCUUUAUUGAAUUGCAAAUCAAUGGUGCUUUGGGUUUCCAUUUUGCAAAUUACGUCGACUCUACCAGUUAUCAGGAUGGUGUUCAAAAAUUAUCGCAAUAUCUCCCGAGCACAGGAGUGACUGCGUUCUACCCCACAGUACCUACUGUCCAACAUGAUGUUUUCCACAACGUCCUACCGUUUUUGAGACCAUCCGAUUCAUCUACGGGGGCCAGCGUGCUGGGUGCACACGUUGAAGGACCCUUCCUUACUCCAAGUAAGAAAGGUGCCCACAAUGCCGGAAAUCUGCUCGUUCCCGAAACUUCGACUCUUGAAGAUAUCUAUGGGAAAGACAAUCUCUUAAAUGCGAUUCGAGUUGUAACAAUGGCUCCGGAGCUACCAGGGGCAUUGGAGCACAUCCAAAAACUGAGAAAUGAGUACACCAUUUCGGUGAGUAUGGGACACAGUGCGGCCACCUAUGACGAAGGUUUGAAGGGUAUGGACGCUGGUGCUUCUCUAUUGACCCACACCUUUAAUGCUAUGAAUCCUUUGCACCACAGAGAGCCAGGCUUAGUUGGUCUUAUAUCGAGUCCGAAAGCUGAGAACCGAUGGAAGCCAUCAUUCUCAUUGAUUGCCGAUUCUAUUCACCUUCAUCCAUCAAUUGUAUCCAUGGCCUAUCACGCUUCUCCAAAUAAGGCUAUCUUAGUAACCGAUUCCGUCGAGCUUUCCGGUCUUCCAGAUGGUAUUUAUCCUGGGCAUUCCCAGAUCCCGCACCCACAGCUCAAAGAAGGGAAUAAAGUGACUAUAGCUGGAACCGAAACCCUUGUUGGUACUUGUAUUCCACUAGAUCAGUGCGUCAGGAAUCUCAUGGAAUGGGCAAACAUACCAAUCGAGAAAGCUGUAAUGACAGUCACUAGAAACGUAGCAGUUCCAAUGGGUCUGGUUGAUAGAGGUGGCCUAGAAUCUGGAUAUAGAGGGGAUUUUGUGGUGGUGGAUAAACAAGGGCAUGUAAAGGAGACUUGGGUGCUAGGAAAAAAGAUAUGGAGCAGUAGUUGAAAGUUUAUAAGUCGAAGGUUCAAUACACGUAUACAAUAGAUUGAUUUAAAAGUCCUCAUACGAAUCAUUUCUUUCCCGUCGAUAAAUUUCUAGAAUUUUUUCAACCAUCUUCUCAGCCGGAUAUCUUUUCUCGAUAGCAAGUGUCAAACGUCGGACUUCGCAACGGUUGCAAGUAAGUUUGAUGGCUGGACGAAUAAUCUCAUUUGUCCAACCGCAGUUUCUUUA